GGCCGACGCCUGCGCGCCGAUUGGGCAGUGCAGUCGGACGGGGCGGGCGAGCGGCCAUGGCGUGGUUACUUGGGCCGCGCUGAGCCCGGCUCGCUUCUUUCUGUCGCAUUCGGGGAAGGGGCGGCCGUCGGUGCCGCCGCCGCCGCCAGGGCAAUGAUGAAGGGCGCGCUGGCCAGCCCCGUGGCCGCCGCCACAGCCAUGCAGGAGACUUUCGGCUGCGCCGUCGCCAACCGCUUCCACCAGCUGCUCGACGACGAGUCCGACCCUUUCGACAUCCUCCGCGAGGCGGAGCGGCGCAAACAGCAGAGCAAGAAGCGCGAAGAGGCGGCCGCCGCUGCAGCCGCCCCCCCGGCCGGGAGGAAGCCCGGCCCGGGAGGAGCCGCCGCCGCCGCGGCCGCCGCCAAAAGGGAAUCCCAGAAGGAGCGCAAAGGCGGCGCCUCUUUCCCGCAGCCGGAGAGCCCCUCAGCAGCGCCCGGUAGGGAAGGGACCCGGAGCGGGGCGUGGGGAAGCGAGGCUUCCCUCGGGCUUCGGGUCGGCUGCGCUGCCCGCGACGCCCUUUGGACGAGGGAGCCCUUGGGAAUGAAUUGGCCGGGGCGGGGGAAGGAGAAUCCGGAUUCGCCACUGCGAAUGACAUUGGACGGGGCGGGGGCGGUUCGGAUUCAUGGACGCGCAGCAGCAGCAGCAGCAGCGAUCCCCGCGGCGCGCCUGCCCUCCUCUCGCCCCCGGCGGCUGCCAGCGCGCGCCUUCCGCGCAGGAGGGCUGCUUCCGCGCUCGCCUCGUGGCCGGCUUCCGACUCCUCCCUGCGCGGGCCGUGGGCGAGUCUUGCCGGCUGCGGAAGGGCAGGGCAGGGCCGGGCCGCCGCCUGCGUGCAAGGCGAUUGUGGCGUCGGGCGGGGAGAGCGGCGCUUGGGAUGAGGGCGCAAAGUUGCCUGGGCUCCGCCUUCCCGUUCUGGUCCCGCGGGCUGGCCGGCGCCAAGAGGCAGCGAGUCUUUCCCCCCGCCCGGCUUUGUCCCCGAUUAAUUCCGUCGGGGGAAAGUCGCUUGACGCCGAGCUGUCAGAAAGGACUCGCUGGGCAGCCUUCGGGGCUCCUUGAUUCCUUGGGGAUCAAGCCGAUCUCCCAAGCCCUGAGCUCAGCAGUGCCCGGAACGAGGGGUGCUCGUGCUAGAGAGCUUUCUUUGCUGCUCUUGAGCUGAAGGUUUUGGAACAGGCUCCGAUCAAGUUUUUGUCGCCUGCUCUUUGCAUGCCAGACUGCACGUGUGGCAGGAGUGCCAACUUGAAUAAAAAAUGGGGGAAGGGGCAGAUGACAAGGUGGUGCGCACACACACCAGUUGAAUGGUAAUGCUAUAAUAAUAAUAAUAAUUUAUUAUUUAUACCCUGCCUAUCUGGCUGGGUUUCCCCAGCCACUCUGGGCGGCUUCCAACAAAAUAUUAAAAUACAAUAGUCCGUCAAACAUUAAAAGCUUCCCUAAACAGGGCUGCCUUCAGAUGUCUUCUGAAAGUCUGGUAGUUGUUUUUCUCUUUGAUAUCUGAUGGGAGGGCAUUCCAGAGGUCAGGCGCCACUACCGAGAAGGCCCUGUGCCUGGUUCCCUGUAACCUCACUUUUUGCAGCAAGGGAACCGCUAGAAGGCCCUCGGCGCUGGAUCUCCGUGUCCGGGCAGAAAGAUGGGGGUGGAGAUGCUCCUUCAGGUAUACUGAACCGAGGCCACAAUGCCCAUCAACUUGGGGGGGGCAACCCCCGUCAGAUAUUUUAUUGGAGGGGCUGAAGGGACCUCUGCCCCUAGGAGUUGGCUUCUGUGAUUUGUGAACAACUCAGUUUGUGCAAGAGCACGUAUGAGUCAGUGGGGGCAGUUGUAUCUAACCCAUGUGCCACUAGGAAGCCCGGAUUGUGCUGAGAAACUAAGCUAAAACUUGACAGUUCCUAGAGCAGGGCUGAGUCAUGAAACACUGUUGUGUUUUCCACCCCCACUUGCCAAUUUAUGAAUAAUGGCAUUAUUCCAAGGGAAAGAUGCAUCAGGUUCUUUGAUGUAGCCUGCGUUGUCAUUGCCCACAAAAGUUUGGCCAUUCCAAGUGAUUGGGCAGAGGGGAUGUCUUAAGCUGGCAUCAGAAAAUCAUUCAUGAGGAGAUGGCCGUAUCCCUGUAGGGAAGGAGUUCCACAGGCAGGGUGUCGCCUCAGAACAUGCUAUCCUGUGUUGCCACAACGGCUGUAGCCGUUGGUGGAACCAUGCAGAGGGCCUUUGCCAUAGAUCUCAAGACCCAGGCAAGCAAAUGUAGGUGCUCCCUCAAGUACUGCUGAUGAACAAAAUACAUGUAUUUCUGUGAGCCUGUCUCCAAUUUUAAUCCAGAAAGAAAAUGUGUGCCUUGUCAAUCACUUGAAAAACAUUGCAGCUUGGGAUAACCAGUGUAGUAAAACCUAAUACGCAUUUUUACUGCACACAGCUUAAUAUAAAAUUUCAUGAUGUAAAGAUUUAGGUAAAAAAACAAACAAACUGCAGAAUGGUUUAGCAGGUCACUUAAAUGUAAAAUUGGGUGUGAGACAAAUUCAUUUGUGCUUCGGAAUACUUCUUGAAUGUAUUGGAUCAAAUUAUGUACACAAUAUAUAUUUUUGCUGGCUGUCCCCAGUCUCUCGCUUUCUAUAUCCUGACUCUUCAAUUUAACCAAUUUGUACUUGGGACUGCCCAAAAUCUUCAUAUGCCAUGUCUCUCCCUACAGACACAUAUAUGCAGAGAGAUGGGAUAUCCAUGGACUACGGCAAUUGUUUCAUCACAGCAGCACAGUUUUUCUGACACACAAUAACAUGAGUUGCUGCAUCUGGCUGUGGUAGUGUGCUGAUUGUUCCCUGUGGAAAUCUGAACCCGGGACAACUGGGGUAGAUCAGAUGGAGAACAUUUUAUCAUGUCUGAAGUGUCCUUCCUUCAUUCUCCAUUAAAUUUACUGUUCACACAGAAGAGCAAAGGGGAAAGUAUACAGACUCCUCUUUAGAGAUUUGAAUGCCUAAACUGUCCAGGUGUAAACUAGAGGCCAAGGAUCACAUUCCCUUGUAGUUAACUUUUUUGGGGGGUCUGGAGGCUGGUGGUGAGCAGCUGAUGCAACUCUUAAUAUUUGUUCAGUGAGUUACAAUCCCCCCCCACAAGUGAAGGGCUUUCAGGCAAGCAGUAGGUGUUAUCAGACUGCAAGGACACCUUUUAGCCAGGCAAAACAAAAAAAAUGCAUAGGUUGCUUAUAAGGUAAUGUGGUUCUGCAGAGUUUCCAAAAGGGCUGGAGAGAGAUGCCUGAAGGGCCACAUUCACCCUUAGCCUAAAUCAGUGGUGUCCAAACUUUUUUCAAAGAGGGCCAGAUUUGAUGAAGUGAAGGGCCAUGGGGGCCCACCAAAAUUGUUGACCUUUUUUAGGAUUUUACCCCAAAGUUGUUGAGUUUCCUUUUGCAUUGAAGUUGUUGAGGUGUUUUUUAGGAUUUUACCCCAGGAAAUAAACUGCCACAGGGGCCGGAUUAAACUGACCGGAGGGCCAGAUUAGGCCCCCGAAAAGGACUUUGGACAUGCCUGGUCUAAAUGGUAACAUUGUCCAAAAUCUGCAGGAUUACGAUCUGCUCUUCCCCUUUCCACAAUGUGUGACCCUAUUACUAAUUGCGUCAUAUACGUGCUAACGUUGGCUAUGGAACUGCCUAGCACAGCUGACUCUGAUUGGCAGCUGCUGUUGAGAAUCCCUGGAAGAGCAUGUUUCUGAGACUAGCUACACAAGACUGUUGAACUGAAGAUUGAUUGAUUGAUUGAUAGAUUGAUUGCAUUUAUAGCACACCUCCCCUCCCCCCACUGAGCACACAAAGUGACAUACAUGGUACUUAGUCCCCUUCCUCAUUUUAUCCCCACAACAGCCUGGUGAGGUAGGUUAGGCCAAGAGGCCCAAGAUCAUCCAGUGAGUUUCUGAAACGAGUGGGAAUUAAAACCGUGGUCUCCUAGGUCCUGACACUCAGUAACCAUGACACCACACUGGAAUGAACCUUGGAAGCAGAUCUCUAUGCAAAUCACAUUCCACUUUAGGUUAGGUUGAUACCUCUUAAGUCACACUAUGUUCAUUUCCCCCCCUCUUGAAAUGUUGACAUGGUGAAAAGGGCUUUGAAUAGUUAUUGGCUAAAAAGCAGUUGGGAUUUAGUCGUUUUAGAACUUUGCCCAUUCUCUGUUAGUGCUUCUUUACUAAUAAGUUCCCUUAUAUCUUCUCCCGUCAUAUCAACAGUCUUUGGUAGCUGUUAGCUUGUUUUCACGUUUAAUUUGUUAACUUUUUGUCUGUUUCCCUGGGUCGUUUUUCUCCCUGGGAAUUAGUAGCUCUGUGCUGUUUUGAUUCUUUCAGAUGAUGACAACAUCUGAACUAUCUCUUUCUGCUAUCAAUACAUUUACAUACAGGUUUGAAAAAUCAUGCAACUAGGACUGUUUAGGUAGUGCAACACUUCCUUCCAGCUGCAGUGCUCAUCAGAAUUUGGAAAGCGUGGGAUAUAUUAAAGCCUCAUAGUGUAACAAGACUUUUAUACUGGUUUACUGGGAUAGAAUCCUCUCCUUAGAAAUGGCUGGGUUAAUAUUGGGUUUUUGUUUUGUGAACUACCAUGUGCUCUGUUGGAUGAAGAAGAAUUGUCUAAAAAUUCAGCAGAUAAAUAAUAGGUUUGGGCCCUAGCCCGAACAGUGGUCUGAAAGAGAUUUGGGAGAAAUUUGCUUCAAAUCAUCUCUCAAUAUAAUGGCAAAUUCAGGGGGGUCUUUUCUUUGUGAAUGCAGUUUACCUGGUCACAUGCAACUUUAAUCCAGACAUCAUUGCUGAUUUCUCCUUCCCCCCUCUUGUUUUUGCUACUUUGCAUUCUCCGUGUGGAGGGUGGUAAACAUUUGAAAUCUAGGACUGCUUAGGUUUCUUUCUUGCCAGUAGUUGAGAUGCUAACUUAAAUUAAUGAUAAAAACUACAAUCCUUUUUCAGGGUUGUAGAAUUGGUUACACAUUCAAUUUCAGCUGUGUAGUCAUAAGCACAGGUUUAUUUUACUUGUAAAAAUUACAGUCUUUAAAACAUAGCUCUGUGUAAUUAUCUUAGGGUGUGUGUACACAAGCCUUUUAAUAUGUAUGAGAUUCAGCUAACUCAAAUAGGAAACCAUAUAAUUAUAAAAGUAAACCUCUUGGGUUGUAGAAGAGCCCUUUGCUCGCUAAAGAGCUCUUAGUUCAUUAAAACGUUUAUUCUUUAUGGCUUAAAAUGCAGCUUCCUACAUGAUUAUAUAAUGCAAUAUUAUAGUGGGUAUAAUACAUACUGAAGACUUUGAAUGAAUUGUUUGCCAGGACAUAUUUAUAGUAAACAUACACAUGCUAUGUCCUUAAUUUCUUUAGACAAUGGCCCCUCUCCUCACUAGGGAAGAAAGGGCAAGGGAAAAUCAAAAUCGGGAACAAGGGGAAAGAAAGAUUGACAUUUGGAUCUGCUGUCCCAGUGGAUCCUGCUUCCUGAGGCAGUUGCCUCACCUUGCCUUGUGGGUGGGCCGGCACUGGGUCUUGACAUCCUUUGGACUAUUGCAGCUGACCAGCCAUUGAAAUAAAAUGGGUUCUUUUGGAUUCUAGAAAAAACGGCUUGGCUCUGCUUGGUCAUCAGUUGUUGAUUCUGUGAAAUGGCACUUUAGAUGUCUUCAUUCCAGAAAAUUGCUGGGCUACAGAAAAUGCUAGCACUGUGGAAUAAGCCUUUAUACAUGCUGCUGCUUGGAUUGUGGUCAUUGGUAGCAUGGCAGGAUUCCUUUAUGAAACAUCUCUGGAAAAACAAGUUUUUCUUCCUCACAUUGAAGGCUUGUAGGUAGUCACAGAAGAUGAGAGAUCUAACAAAUUAUGCAGAGAGGCCAAGAUGAGGUAAUGUCUCCCAACAGCCAUUCCCAUUAUUUUUUUUCCAUAUAUUGAAAGCUCCAAGUUCACUGGGAACAGGUUUCUUUCAGCACAGUAUCUCAUUAUGUCCUUCCAGUUGUUUUAUGACUCUUUAACUACCAAGCAAAUAAAUAAAUAGGGUGUGAUACUUAGCUGGUUGAGUGGUGAUGCUGUAACUUCAGAUGCAUGAUCCAUAAGAAAUCAUUCAUAGCAGCCAGUUCAGGGCACUGAUUGAGUAGUUAUUAUUAUUAUUAUUAUUAUUAUUAUUAUUAUUAUUAUUAUUAUUUUCUUUAUACCCUUCCCAUCUGGCUGGGUUUCAUCAGCCACUGGGCAGCUUCCAGCACAUAUAAAAACAUAAUAAAACAUCAGACAUUAAAAACUUUCUGAUAGAGGGCUGCCUUCAGAUGUCUUCUAAAAGUUGUGUAGUUCUUUAUCUCCUUGACAUCUGAUGGGAGGGCAUUCCACAGGGAGGGUGCCACUACUGAGAAGGCCCUCUGCCUAGUUCUCUGUAACCUCACUUCUCACAGUGACAGUGAGGGAACGGCCAAAAGACUCUCAGAGAUGGACCUCGGGGCUGAAUGAUGGCAGUGGAGAUGCUCCUUCAGGUAUAUCAAGCCAAGGCCAUUUAGGGCUUUAAAGUUCAGCACCGACAUGUUGAAUUGUGCUCGGAAACGUACCGGGAGCUGGUGAAGAUCCUUUAGGGCCUGUUUAACCAUUCUUGGCUUGCCCGUUAAAAGUACAGAUUUACCGUAUUUUUCGCACCAUAGGGCGCACUGGAUCAUAGGGCGCACCCUGUUUUUAGGGGGGGAAAUCAAGAAAAAAAUCUUCCCCCCCCCCCAGCCCCAAAGAGCAGCGUACAGGCUGCGCACAACCUCUUCCUGCCGGAGGGGUUGCGCGCAGCUAUGGCACAAGCCAAGGCAGCGAGCAGGAUGGAUCCCGCUCGCUGUUUUGGCUUCCUCUUUAGCCCCGCGCAACCUCUCCUUGCCGGGAGACGCAGCGCAGGGCUAAAGAAGCAUAGCCCCGUGCAGCCUCUCCUUGCCGGAGGGGUUGCGCGCAGCUAUGGAGCAAUCCAAGGCAGUGAACUGGAUGGAUUCCGCUUGUUGUUUUGGCUUCCUCUUUAGCCCCGUGCAGCCUCUCCCUCCCGGGAGAGGCUGGUGGGGCUAAAGAAGCCAUAGCCCUGUUCAGCCUCUCCCUGCCGGAGGGGUUGUGCGCGGCUAUGGCACAAGCCUGCAUUCGCUCCAUAGGGCGCACACACAUUUCCCCUCAAUUUUUGGAGGGGAAAAACUGCGUCCAAUAGAGCGAAAAAUACGGUGUUUCCUGCGUAAUCACUAGCACAUCUUCCUUGUAAUCUGCAAACUCUCCUCAUCUUCUUGCUAAGAUUUUUGCUAUACACCAAUAGUAUUUGUAUUUCCUAAUAGGCGUUUAAUAUUGCUUGUUGGAAUUGAUGGAAUAGUUUCAUGCAUCUCUGGGAGUAUGAAUUUUACAGGGGUUUUCACAGUUGACCCUACUAGUUGUGAUAUCUGCAGUUUGUAUAUUUUAGUUGGGAGUCCCUCAUUCUGAAUACUGGAAAGCUUCCUCUGUUAUUUUCAUAUAAAUUGCACAAAACCUGCCCCCUUUGAUAGCUGAGCUUUCUUGCCGAGUUGCUUGUAUUGAAUUUGUAAAGCCCAGUCAACAAUUGUGAAUGUCUGUUUGCUGUUAAUGGUACCUUUGAACCAGAUUUGGGCUUGAAAAUAAUUUUCCUUUUUUUUAUUAUCAGUUGCGUACUGUCAAGCUUUAUGCUGUACACUGAAAAUUGUAACACUUAACAACAGGCUGUGAAAUGAAGCUGAACAAUCACUUUUUUCUAUACAUUUUGAAGUUUUGUUUAGCUUAGUUUAUUAUUUGUACCUUGAAUUUUGACCAAAGGUUUUCAAAGUGGCUUGCAAAAUAAAAAUAGAAGUCAUACUCAGAGUGGACCCAUUUACAACAGUGGUUUAAGUUACUUACGAGUAACUGAACUGAACCAAUUUCAGUAGGCUUACUCUGUGUAGGACUAAAUUUGAACCACUCACAGAAGACAUCUAGAUAAGUAAAAUAAAACAAAUAAAAAGUACAUCAAGAAAUUCAAGUGAGCAGCAUAAAUACAAAGACAAAGAUAAAAAUAGCUGGGCAUUAGAAAAGUGCACUUAUUUAUUUCAUACAAUCUAUAUGCCGCUUGAUAGUUUUUUUAAAAAAGCCCACCUCAAUGUGGUUUACAAAAAGAAUGAAACAAAAUUAUUGGUAGUAACAAUAUAAAGUUGUUAUUUAAAAUAAUUCAAAAUUAUUAAUUUAAAUUAGCACUGAACUAAAAAUGUAUUAAAACAAAUCAAUAUUCUACAUAUUUUAUUUAUUUUACUUCGUAAAGUAUUUAUUAAAUAUUAGGUGUUAACAGAUGGUAGAAAACAAACUAGCAGACACAGUUCAAACUACUGUACAUUACAACAGCCUUCACUAACCUUUUGCCUUCCCAUUGUGUUGGGCUCAAGUCUCCAUACUGACUGGCGCUGAUGGGGUUUGUGAUCCAGGGUAUAGGAGGGCCCUAGGGUGAUGAAGACUGCUUUCAAAUCUGAUUGGAAUCUAGGUGUCUUAGUUAACAGCCAGUAGUAUUGUGUGAUUCUCAUAGUUCAUUUACCUAAUAAAAUCAUGUUUGUUCUGUACCCACAGGCCAGAAGCGAGCUCCAAAAAGGGGAGAACAGCAGGGAUGGAAUGAAAACCGAGGCACAGAGGUAAAGCAAGAUAAAGCUGAGUGGAGACCUUCUUUCAGGGAGUACCGUCCUCAUGAAAUGGAAAGACAAGCGGAGUUAACACUAGAAAGGUAUGCGCUGUUGGAGGAGGUAUAAAAAUGGCACCCAAAAGGACUUUGCGGGUUCAUUUUUCAAGCCACCAGUUGGCUAGACCUGUGACUGAUGGUUCCUAGAGAUGUUCCACCACAAAGAUGUUCCACCACAAAUGUUUUCAUUCUGUUCUUGGUUGGGUAUCCCCACAUGCCUGAGUCUUGGAAUUCUAGACUACAUUAUUCCUUUUCAUGCUUCAAACUUGCUUUCAGCUAAAUUGAUUGCUUACGUGACCUGGAGUCGCUUUGUCUUGUAAAUGUGACUCUGGUUUACGUAUCUGGAGCAGAAUGUUCUCUUGAAAAGACAAUAAAUUCAGGCGGUUGUUUUAUCACAGCAGUAUGUAAAAAACAAAGAGAAAGCUCUUGGGUUUCUGAAUUGCUCUAUCAUACUUUGUGGUGUUGGGACCGCACCUAGAUUUGUGGGUUGGUUUUGUUUCUGUUUAAAGCACAUCUUACAGCUUGUUGAACUCGAGUGGGAGGGGAGUGAAAUGUUCCGCAACCUCUCUGAACCACUGGCUGCUUAUUAGAAAAGAAUUCAAAUAGCAGCUCAGAACCAGAGUUGUCUUGUGUGAGAAGAAAGGACUUGGCUGCAGCAGCAUGUAUCAAGACAUCCCAAUUUGCUUGUAUCCCUGCAGGCCUCCAUGCCCCCAUCACGCUCUGUUCCAGAGGGUUCCUUAACCUUUGAGAGCAGAUUACAGUAGGGUAGAAGAGCCAAAAAGGAUAAACGUCAUAGGCAGAAUUCCACUUCUUAAGAUUGUGGCCUUUGGAAGAAAUCUUCACAAUUGCUUAUGUUUUCUAGGUAAUAGCAGCUGUGGCGAUCACACACAGGGCCCCCGGACGUUUGACGGUCUAUUGACCCUGUGCCGCCACUGCGAUUGCUUUUUCUGCUGCCACCACCCCGUAUCUCACGGGGACACACGGAGUCCAGUCAGUUGUUAACAUAAACAAAUAAUCAAGUUUAUUUUUAAAUGCAGGAACAAGCUUAUGGUUUCAGUUAGUUUCUCUUGACAGUUUCUUAAACUUAGUUCCUAACAACUCCAAACUGAUUAUUCCAACUAUCUAUCUGACUCCACCUAACAAUUCCUCUCACUCUCUCACAAUACAACUCUACCAACCCACACCUAAACCUCCCUCUUCCUUCUCAACUCCCAAACCUCAACUGACUUUCAAAACCUCCCACUCUAACUUUUAUUCCCCCCUUGCAUUCUCACUGGCCAAUCACAUCACACCCAUUUUAACCCUUUCCUAUGACCCAUCCUAGGAGGCAAACGGCACAGCAGCAAAAUGAAAUCUGCUCAUUACCACAUUGGACAAAAGGAAUGCAGUUGCAGCUUUGAUUUAGUUUUGUGAACUUCCAUGGGGAAAUCAACGUGCUGCCAUCUGCCUUAUUGCAGGGCAGAUAUGUGGGUAAACCAUAUGUGGAGCGAGUCUGCCCCUGAGGCCUGAUAGAGGUGGAAACCAUCUCCCAUGUUUUGCUACGAUACCACUUUUAGGAGGAUAUACGCUUGGUCUUUAUCACCCCUGUUAUACAGAAAAUUCCAAGUGGGUCUGAACCUCAAAGCUUAAAAUCCCUGAUAGAGGAUCAGGAUCCAGAGAUCACGCCAAGGGGUGGCCAGAUUUUGCGUGGCUGCCAUAAAACUCAGGGAACAAGCCUUGCUGUUACAAAGACUAAGGCCUCAGAUGCAAACCCUAGAUAAUAUUUUAGAAACUAAGACCUAAACCACAUUUCUAAUGGCCGUCAUAGUCGUAUUGUUUAUUGUUACAUUUGAUUGUAAAUUCAAACUUAAUUCUAUUGUGUUUUAUGUUCGUUUAGUAUGGUUUGUGAAUCGGGUCUGGGACCGCAAUAAACUUCCUUUCAUUUCCAUGGGGAAAACAUCAGAGCUGUAAGGUUAAACCCUGCUGGAUUGGGGCAAAGGCCCAUCUAGUUCAACAUCCUGUUUUUGCAGUGGUCAACCAAUGAGAAACCUGCAAGCAGGAACUGGGGCCAACGCUGCUUUGUGGUAGCAGCUGUUACUCAGAAGCAUACCAAUGAUGGUCAUCUUUUCUUUGGAUUUGUUUAAUACCCCUUUAAAGCCACCCAGAUUGGCAGCCUCUGUCUGUCCUGAAUCAUCCAAUUUCAUUGGAUGGCCCUGAAUUUGAGUACAGUCAAACCUCGGUUCUCGAACGGCUCCGUUUUUGAACGUUUCAGCGCCCGAACGCUGAAAACCCGGAAGUUAAUGCUCCGGUUUUCAAAUGUUCCUUGGGACUCAAAUGCCUGACACUGCUUCCGCUUGAAUGCAAGAAGCUAUUGUAACCAAUCAGAAGCGGCGUCUUGGUUGUCGAACGUUUCAGAAGUCGAACGGUCUUCCAGAACGGAUUACGUUCGACAACCGAUGUUUGACUGUAUUAUGAGGCCCUAUCCGCUUUUUCAGUCUACGCCGUGUAUAAUUUUAACGCAAUUAAAUGUCUUGCAUGUAAUGCUUUGCUUUUCUAUUGCAUCUCAACGGUGUUAACCUAUUGAAGAUACGUUGGGUCAAGCUAAGGUGAAUUGUAUUUCAGACCAAUAGACCGAUUUGAUCGGGAAAGGCCAAUGAGAGGUCGUGGGGGAGGAAGAGGUGGAAUGAGAGGCAGAGGAAGAGGUGGUGGAAUGAACAGGACUUUCAACGGCUUUGAUCAAAGAGGGAAACGGGAAUUUGACCGACAGAGUGGAAGCGACAAAACGUAAGUGUGCUGGUUUAGUACCUUAACAGCAUCUUAGUAAUACUGGGGGGUGGGUGUUGUGAAUUUGCAUCUGUAACCAACCUUUUGGACAACCGUUUUAUACAAAUAUUUUUAAUUUCCAAAAACGGGGACUAAAAAGAAUACGAUUUAUGUCUCUAGAGGAGUCCGAGCAGAAGACAAAAGGGGUGGAAGUGGACCUCGCAACUGGGGAGCAGUUAAGGAUGAUGUGAGGUAUGACAGUGUUUUAGUAGUUAUAUCCUGGAUUGUAGUCUUGUUGGAACACGGUUUCCAAGCUGUAUGGUCAUAAUCUAUCAUUUACGAAUGCCGCCUCCCAGCUUUCAGAUCUUGCAUCUAAGAAACAGGCAAAAAUUCCGGAAUCUUGAUGCUAGUGUCUCUUUGCUAAGUUUUUGGAUUCUGUUGAACCUUCCUAAAAUCUCUGCUAAAAGUAUUGUGAUAUUUCUGUCAUCAAGUUACUGGCACACAAUGUGUUAGUUGCCAAGACUGAUAUUGUUUGAGGAUGAUCCCAUCUCUCCAGUGAGACACUAAGGUGUAGUUAUUCUGAACAGCCUGUAUGAGUACACUGCAAAGUAUAGUUUUUUGUUUCCGACGAGUUCACUUGGUGCACUUCAUGUUUCUGCAGUGAGCUGGAACAGACUGCUCCUAUGGAAGAGACCGCAGAAACAGAAGAGAACGCAGGAGCACCUGAAGGAGAAUCUCCAACCAAGUAUGGGCUGGUUUUGAACAUCUUGCUCUUGUUAUUAAGUCGUUAUUGGAAAACACGGCCCAUUGUCUAGCAUCAUGCAAGUGGUGCAGAUCAAAUUUGGGCAAGCUGUACCUUGAAUGUCAAUGCAACAUUCUGCAACAGGCUUGCCCACGUUGUGACCCACGCUGGGCGACUUCAUUAAAAAAACUUGGGGCAGGCUAUGUGAUAAGUACCUGGCAAUGUUACAUUUGUAGCUGAUCUUAGUCCUAUUUGGACCCCUUGAAAUUAAUGGAUAUGAGUAAUGUAGGUUUAUUUAUUCUAAUGGACCUGGCUUGAGUAUGACUUAAGUUAGAUACAAACCUUGGUGCAUAUAAUUUCUUGUGCAAAUUCUGACUUUAUAAGACUUGCAUUUCUUUCCUUGGCAGCUAAACCUAAUUUUCUGUUUUAAAGCUUUUCUGAUAACUGAGUUCUCUUGAAACUGUUAAGGCAGAUAAUGCAUCAUCAAUCAAUCAAUCAAUAUGCCCCAGCCACUCUUCUCUGGUUGGUGAAGAUUGCAUUUAGUGUCACAUUUGGCAAGACUGUUCUCCCAGUUAGCUAUUUCCGUUGUGUAACUAGCAGCUGAAUUAUUGCCACAGCCAUAACAUAUCCAUGUUCUAUUGCAUCCAAGUAUUCUAUCAAAUACCUGUAUAUAUUGUUCUGCAAAAUAUACCCAUCCAGUAGCAUAUGUCAGGCUAAUUCCCUGCAGGGAAUAAGAACUAUUAUGUGUUUCUCUUUCCAGUGACAAAUGCUUGAAAUAGGUAUAUAUGAGCAUGCAAGCUCUUAAAGCGGUUUGUGGGUUAGAUAGAUAUCUCAGAUGUUUCUUGGGUGUGCUUGCGUACAGCUAGUAAACCUAAUGUACUUAUAACGGUUUUGAUCUUGGACUCGCUAUCGCAAUACUGAACAGCAAAAGUCAGUGUUUUAGAAACUGGUGAAAUGAUAGGCAUCUGCUGCUGUUACAAUAUGGAAAAAGUAAGGUUCAUGUGUAUCAUUGACUUAUGUAAUGGUUAACAAUAGUGGUGGAAUCCUAUAGAUCAUGAGUGGCUAACCUUUUUGGGGCCUGAGAGCCAUAUUUGCUUUUGGCCAACUUUCUGAGGGCCUCUUGGGAGCAGUGGGCAGAAGCAAUAGUGGGCGUGGUCAAAAGUUUGUGGAUGUGAACACUCACACAAACAUACAGGCACAUGUGGGUAGAAACCAGGGUGGAUAAAAAUCAAUGAUUUUUAUAAAUAAAUAAUAAAACAAGCAAAUAAAUAAAUAAAUUCUGUUCCAAAACCAAAGCGUUCCAAAACCAAGGCAUGCUUUCCUAUAGAAAGUAAUGCAAAGAUGGAUUAAUCUGUUCCAGACUUCUAAAAACAACCCCUAAAACAGCAGUUUAACAUGAAUUUUAAGAUCUAACGCGAAACCAUUGAUCCAUAAAAUGAAAGCAGUAAUCAAUGUACUGCAGUCACACAAGCAAUCAAUUAGUAGCUGAACUGGGUUCCACACAGUCACAAAAACAAGAACAAAAGAGCUGCAAAAAUGAAAACGCAAAAUAAAUAGCAAAAACAGACCUCAGCAUAACAUUCAAAAUGGAAGCAUGGCACUCAAAACGGAGCACAUUCGGCUUCUGAAAAAAGUUCACAAACUGGAACACUUACUUCCGGGUUUGCAGUGUUUGGGUUCCAAGUUGUUUGAGAACCAAGGUACCACUGUAUUGGAAAUUUUGAGUUCCAGAAUUUUGAACCCAUGAGGGAAGUAUUGACAUGCUAUGGGGAACAUCAAGGUCUGCAGGAGUUGAAAAGAAAAACCUUCAGGACUCUGUUUCAGUUACCCUAUGAGUUCUCUGUAUGCUCAAUGGAGUGCAGUCUGUUGUGGUGGAAUGGAGUAGCUUGGAAGGGGGAAUGGCUGGCUGGAACAGGAGCAUUCCAUACUGCAAUAGUUUGUAGCAGCUUCCUCUCACUGAUGCAAGCUCUGCAUACCGUAGCUUAGAAAGGGAAUCUUCAAUUUCAGCGCUCUGUGCCUUCAAUUUUACUCUGCCUUUCCCUUCUUGCCAUCCUAGAGGCUAAUGGUUUUUACUUAAACCCUUAGAGUUGCUGAAGGAGAGCCUGUGGAAGAAGUAGUUCAAGAGAUGACGUUGGAUGAGUGGAAAAAUCUUCAGGAGCAAAGUCGACCAAAGCCUGAAUUCAACAUCCGGAAGCCUGAAACCACUGUUCCUUCUAAAGCAGUGGUGAUUCACAAGUCAAAAUAUAGAGAUGAUGUAAGCAAAAACUUAGAUUUUAGAGGGUUAUUCCUUUCAACCCUAUGUUUUUUAAAAAUCGCUUUAUUAUGCUGAAUCAUACUGAGAGAUAGUCUGAACAGAUGAAACAUUAUUAGAAUAUCUUACAUGUCUUCAGAAUUGCUCAAGUUUUUUUAACUUCUUCAUAGUUGCAUUGAGGAUUAGAUGAUAGGCAGAUUCUUUUCAAAAGCACCAAGAUUUAAGCUUAUAAGACCCAGGCAACCUCCUCUGCAACACCUGAUAAACCCCAACACUUUGAUUUUAGGCGACUUUGCCAUUUGCUUGUAUUGAGCUUGGAGACAACCAACAACUUAUCAACAUUCAUUUCUGUGUUGUACAAACCAUGGUUAAAAGUAUUUACAGUGUAGCAUCUUCGGCAGAGCACAUUGACUACCCUUUUUGCAAAGGACAAAAAGUUGGCUAUUAAAAUGCCAAGAUAAUAGGCAUGUUGUCAUCUCUAUAACAUAGAGACAAAUUAUUGUGUUAGUAAGGAGCGUCCUGCAGCCAAUCGGAAGCUGCACUGGAUGUUCGGCUUCUGAAAAUCGUUCGAAAACCGGAACACUCACUUCCGGGUUUCGAUAGUUCGGGAGCCAUUUUGUUUGGCUUCCAAGGUACGACUAUAAAAUGUUUAACAGUAUUAGUACACUUUUGAGAGCAACUUGUCAUUAGCGGCAAUUUAAAUAAAAGAGCUGUCUUCUCUCACAUACCUUACGGCAGGCAUAGGCAGACUUGGGCCCUCCAGAUGUUUUGGGACUACAACUCCCAUCAUCCCUGACCACUGGUCCUGUUAGCUAGGGAUGAUGGGAGUUGUAGUCCCAAAACUUCUGGAGGGCCGAGUUUCCCUAUGCCUGCUGUAAACCCCAUUAUAGGUCUCCACUGGGUCAAAAGAUGUGAGAACAUUGUAGCAAUUUUUGGGGUUGGGCUUUUUUGUUUUUGUUUAAAAAGCUGCAACCGUUUCCUUUUCAUGUCCCCCUUUCACAGCUCCUAGGAAGCGUCUGGUGGGUGCUCCUUUUUUGUGGGGGGGGGGGAAGAAUUCAGGUUGUGUGUUUAUAAUCUAGAUAAAUUCUGUUCUAGGUGCUGAAGGAGGAUUUUGAGGAUGAUGCUCACUUUUUCCGGAAAGCAGCAAACGACAUCACUUCUCAGCUGGACAUUAAUUUUGGGAACCUGCCUCGUCCGGGGCGUGGAACUAGAGGAGCCCGGGGAGGUCGCGGGCGUGUCCGGAGAGUUGAGGACUCAGGAGGACACAGGCCGGAAGUGAUGGUAAUUAUUAGUGUGUUGUGCUAAGCCCUCCUUCCCAGAUCUAGCGAAUGAAGACUGAGUGGUUCACCAUAGUUUAGACCAGGGGUUGGCAAGGUUUACCUCACCUGGGCUGGUUCACUCCAGCAGAGAUCUCUCCGUGGGCCGAAUCGCAUGUGCCCGCGUGUCAUUUCUGACAGAUGUGAUUUCUGGCAUCUGCGCAGACGCGAUUUCUGGCAUCACAGAAGUGAGUCCCUGUGCUGCGCUGCGCUGCGCCGGUUUAAUACAGCGCGCACGGACUCGCCGAGUGGGCAACUCGGUUUGGGGACGGCUCGUGGGCCGGUUAAACGACCCCGUGGGCUGCUUGUGGCCCAUGGGCCUUAGGUUGCUGACCCCUGGUUUAGACAGAUCACUAGAACUCGAUUAUGUAGAUUUGUCAAAUUCUCAGGAACUUCUACUUUUUAAAAACCAUCUGGAAUAAAAUAGGUUAGGAAUUCAUCUGAGUUCUCUAGUAGUUUGGAGAAAAUAGAGCGCUUGAGACCUGUCUGUAGACUCAAGAGGCAAGGAAAUCUAAAUUUAUGAGCCCACUGCUGCUUCAGGACCACAACCACCUGAUGGGCUCACCUGUGUGGGUGGAAAUUAGGAGUUCUGGUUGGGAGGAUGCCAUAACGUGCACUGUUGGUGGGGGGAAAGAGCAAUAAAGGAGGCCGAAUUUAGAAUAAAAUGAAUGACUAAUUCCACUUCUAUCCUGCCAUUGCAAAAGUUUGGCCAUAGAUCUCCCCCCCCCCCACACACACUUUUAUUCCCACAGCUGUUGAGGUAGGCCAAGAGUGAUUGACCUAAGGACGCCCAGUUGAACUUCUUGUGGUUGAAUUGUGGUCACUUUGAAUUCUAAUUCAAAUUUAAAUGCUAUAGUUGUGAAUUUUCAGACUCUUCAGAAUUUAAGAACUUGGGCUUUACAAAUAUUUUUAUUAAAAAUAAUAAUCAGCUGAGCAUGCAGGAGAAAUCCUGUAUGCCUAAUGUACACAGACACCGUCCAUCCAUUGUUUAAUAGAGAUUUACAGUAAAUAAUACUUGGGUUUGAAGGUUGCAGUGCCAAAAUGGAAACUGAGAUGAACAAGAGUCAAAUUUUAUGGGCAUCUCAGGGUCUAGAUAACACCGCCAGUUAUUUAUCUAACUAGCAGAAAGGUUUUGAGAUGUGCUCUUCUUCCUUUUAGAUGCACGUCACUGCUCCAAACCCCGAUGACCCCGAGGAUUUCCCUGCUUUAGCUUGAAAGAACUGAAUAAUGGCGCCUCAAAAGUAGCUGUGACGAUAACAGCUCUAUGUUGCUGUGGAAGAAUAUCAUCCAAGCCUACAGAGAGAGAUGACUUAUGUGUGUGAAUUUUGCACUUCUAUUGUGUUAAGCGCCUAGACCUAUCCUGUGGGCUAGGAGGCAAGGUUGAGCACCACUGUUUGGGGAUUAGCUUUGUGAAGGCUUAUGGUAUCGUACGUGAGGGCUUUCAAAUAAAGGUUCAAGGUGAUGGUGUCAAAACAAGUACUCUUUGUCCAUGGUGUCACAAAUGUAAGCUAAACCAGACUGGGUGGUUUUUGGGUGGUUGUUUUUUUUGAAAAAAAAAAGGAUUGUUUUGAUGGCAAAACCCCAUAGGCACUUGGCAGCUGUUUUUCUGACCUGAGUGAAAUGUACCUUCGCCUAUGCAAAGCAAUUGCACAAUUUUGAGAGGUUAGCAAAUAAACAAAAGCCUGCUCAUUGGU